UCCGAAUCUUCUUUGAGAUAUGUUGAUUGUUUACACGAUCAUAAUUAUGUCCAUAAAUCUUGUGACCAAACUAAAAGAAAAACCCCAAAAUAAAUAUCCUUUUUGACUAAAAAACCCAUUCGAUGGUUUUGCCCAUUAUCUCUCCCUCUCUCUUCUUCCUCUCUCCCUCUAUAUAUAAAUGAUGACCAUACAUUAUUAUUCACAUACAUAAGCCAUUAAUGGGUGUGUGGUGGAUAGUGGUGGUGGCUAUCUUGGCUCACACGGCGUCUGCCGCCGUGAGAGUAUACGAUUGGGAGGUUGAGUACAAGUUUGGGUGGCCCGACUGCAAGGAAGGCAUGGUCAUGGCUGUUAACGGCCAGUUUCCGGGCCCCACCAUACACGCCCUCGCCGGAGACACCAUCGUCGUCCAUCUCACCAACAAACUCGCCACCGAAGGCCUUGUUAUUCAUUGGCAUGGAAUUCGUCAGUUGGGAAGCCCGUGGGCAGAUGGAGCAGCGGGAGUUACCCAAUGUGCGAUAAACCCUGGCGAGACUUUUACCUACAAAUUCACUGUUGAUAAGCCAGGAACACACUUCUACCAUGGGCACUACGGCAUGCAGAGAACAGCUGGGCUAUACGGAUCGUUGAUUAUCGACGCGGCGAAAGGAAAGAGAGAGCCAUUGAGAUACGAUGGAGAGUUCAAUCUCUUACUAAGCGACUGGUGGCAUGAGAGUAUUCUCUCCCAAGAACUCGGUCUCUCUUCCAGACCUAUGCGCUGGAUCGGUGAAUCUCAGAGCAUAUUGAUAAAUGGGAGGGGACAAUUCAAUUGUUCAAUCGCGGCGCAAUUUAGCAACAUCUCGGCGCAGUUUAGCAACACGUCGUUACCUAUGUGCACGUUCAAAAAAGGUGAUCAGUGCGCACCAGAGAGACUGCACGUGGAGCCUAACAAGACUUACCGAAUCAGACUCGCCAGCUCCACCGCUCUUGCCUCCCUCAACUUGGCUGUUCAGGGACACAAGCUAGUGGUGGUAGAGGCCGACGGCAAUUACAUUGAGCCAUUCGUCACCGACGAUAUCGAUAUAUACUCCGGCGAGACCUACUCCGUCCUUCUCACCACCAAUCAAGACCCUUCCCAAAACUACUGGAUCUCCGUCGGCGUCCGCGGCCGAAAACCCAAAACACCCCCGGCACUCACUGUUUUGAAUUACGUAACUGCCCCUACUUCCAAACCCCCUUCUUCUCCGCCACCGGUGACUCCGCAAUGGAACGAUUUCGAAAGGAGCAAGAACUUCUCGAAGAAAAUCUUCGCACCGAGGGGAUCUCCGUCGCCGCCGCAGAAAUCUAAAACACGGCUGAUCCUCCUCAAUACUCAGAAUCUGAUCGACGGAUUCACGAAAUGGGCCAUCAACAACGUCUCUCUUGCGGUUCCGGGAACGCCGUAUCUCGGAUCCAUCAAGUACAAAUUGAAACGCGGGUUCAACCGGAAAUCGCCGCCGACAAGUUUCCCGAUGGAUUACGACAUCAUGAAUCCGCCGCGGUAUCGUAACACCACGCAAGGAAACGGGAUCUACAUUUUCCCUUUCAAUGCUACUGUCGACGUGAUUCUCCAGAACGCCAACGGCUUAGACGCUAACGCCAGUGAGAUCCAUCCGUGGCAUCUUCAUGGCCACGAUUUCUGGGUUUUGGGUUACGGCGACGGAAAAUUCAGACCCGGUGUCGACGAGAAGACGUAUAAUCUGAGGAACCCGCCGUUACGGAAUACGGUGGCGUUGUACCCGUACGGAUGGACGGCGUUAAGAUUUGUAACGGAUAAUCCUGGGGUUUGGUUUUUUCACUGUCACAUCGAACCGCAUUUGCAUAUGGGCAUGGGUGUGGUUUUCGCAGAGGGAUUAAACCGGAUCGGUAAUAUACCGGAUGAGGCGCUGGGUUGCGGCUUAACCAAACAAUUCCUCAUCAACCGGUUCCGUCCUUAGAAGGUUGCAUAUCAGUUGUAUUUAUUUGGCUUGUGGCGGAAUUUGAGCUGCUUUUGUUUUGAUUGUGUUGUGUGUUGUAAACCGAAGAUUGGUACUUAUUAUUGGUAUAGUUGAUUAGUCGGUUAUCUGGUUUGACUCGGCAGUUUAUUUCAUCAAUCCGAUCAAAGAAGAAUACAUGGUCAAGAAAACUAUGGAGUAGACAAGUAAAGUGUACCUGUAUGUGGUUAACAGAACAAAUCGAAAUGAAU